AAAUUUAACAACACUGGUGUGAGAUCCGGAAUUUAUUAACUAAAAUUUUAAUUAAUUCACUUUCGUUUAUGUAACGAAUUAGAAGAAAAAAUUCGAUCUUAGCCGGGAAUGUAUAAACCUUCCUGUCAUAACUAUCAACGUCUAUUGUCCUCGCAUAACUUGUAGCUCGUCUUGCACAAAAGUUUAGAGUUAGCAUCCAAAAUUCGUCACUUGUUUAGGUCCCUGGACCACCUAUAACCUUUAGCUCAUAGACCAUUCGAUCACGUGAUGGAAAUUGCCCGCAAAAAGCUAUAAAAGACAGUUCUUACCCCCUCGGAGGAGUCUCUUAACGAAAGCCGGACCGACGACAUCGCGCCGAUUCUCCGAACCCGCCGACAUUCCGAUCUACGAUCAUCGCCAAAGUCGCGAACUUUUUAUAUUUGUGAUCAUUUUGGAUUAAAACCACCUUUUAUUGAACAAUUAAGUGUCUAGGAACCAUACAAAGAGGUAUGAAAAAGUGUGUAAACACUCUCUCGAGCUGUUAGGCGGUUUAGAAAGAGAUUUGUGUAGUCUUUUCGUCGAUUUUGUUUAUUUCAAUAAAUUCAUAUUUUUACUUGUUAAAAUGGUAGACUCCUUUAUUCGUAUACGCCCUUCAUCUUAUCGUCGACCCCGAGAAACUCUACCUCCACUCUCUUGACUCGUCAUCCCGACUAGUGACGCAAACUGGGAGACCUCUGACCUCCCCGGCGGUUCGCACCGGUCUUGGAUUCGCGCCUCAACAGACUGGCCACGUACAGUUUUUCGUUCUAACCUACGCGUGUCUAACAUGCUAAACUACCAAAAAUUACAAAUCACAACACAACAAAGAAAUAAAUAUUGAAUUAUUGAUGAGCGUAAAGUGUGGUUAUCAAUACUGUUUUCUCACACUUGGCCACUUCUGCAUAUUUAUAAACUUAGUUUCGCGUAGAAAAGUUCUCCUAUGGGAAAAAGAGCAACUUUCUGGAGGCUCCAAACUAAUAUUUUUUAAGAAAACAUUUCCCCGAAAAAAAAUGUCUGAAGUGAACACUGUACAGUACGUGGGCCCGUAAAGUCAUAACGCGCCAUUCCUUCGCAGAUAGUCUUCGUGUUGCACUGGAAUAUCCCAUUAAACUAAAACAAUCAAAUAUUCACUUUAACACUGGGAAAUCUUUCAAUUUUAUUAUUAAAAUCUAAUAAAUACUUAUCGCAUACCUUCUAUCUUUUUAAGGCUUUACAUUCAAUUUAAUAAAGGAAAUCAACUUCGGUUAAUGAUACUUCCGAGAUUGAGAAACAGAGGCCAAGGUUUCUCUUACUACUGUAUGACGUAUUUUGUCGGGAUUUCAAUCCAUAAAUAUUGUUAAUAGCAUUUUUCCUCCUGUUGACCUCGCUCCUUUCGAACGUCGUUUGCUAGAAAUACUUAUGUUUCUCCCUCAGUGCACGCAAUUUAUAUUUCUCUCCGAAUCUUUUAUAUAGUACACCGUAAGCAAAUAAAUUCAAAUCUGUAUGUCCGCUCAUUUUAUGUAGCCGAAGAAAAUUUCUGCGGUAUUUUAUACAGUAUUUAAAAAACUACAGUGAAUCUUAUCAGCUGUCUAAAGUUCACUUAGUCAUUUGAUACUUUGCAGCUGGAAGUGGAACUGAAUAAAAACAAAAUGUCUAAUUCCACUGCAUUAGGAUUGAAACAGUUUGGUUACUUAUUUUAUUUGGUUACACCUCAAGAAUCAACUUUUAAUGAUUUAGAAAAGGUUCCUAAAUAUUUAAAUCAGGUCACACCAUGGUUUAUCAUAACACUUUUAAUCGAAUUAGCCAUUUUAAUAUAUAAAAAGAAAGUUGCAGUCAGCGAUUCCAUCACUUCAGUAUCACAAGGAAUAUUUCAAGAAACCAUACAAAUACUACUUAAGUUUGGUGCUGGCAUAAGUGUUUACGUUUGGAUUUACGAGAACUGGAGAUUGGUAGAUAUUCCUUCGGAUUCUGUCUUUGCCUGGGCUUGUUGCCUACUUGCGGUGGACUUUGGUUACUACUGGUUCCACAGAGCCAGUCAUGAAAUUCAUUUUGCAUGGGCAGCCCAUCAAGUGCAUCACAGUUCUGAAGAAUAUAAUUUAUCAACAGCUUUAAGACAGUCUGUCAUACAAGAUUUUCUUGGUUGGACUGUAUAUCUUCCAAUAGCAUUUUUCAUUCCUCCACCUAUUUAUGCUGUGCACAUUCAGUUCAACUUAAUUUAUCAAUUUUGGAUUCAUACCGAAUUUAUCAAAACUCUUGGACCUCUUGAAUAUAUAAUAAACACUCCUAGUCAUCAUAGAGUACAUCAUGGUAGGAAUCGAUACUGCAUUGAUAAAAAUUACGCAGGAGUUCUCAUUAUUUGGGAUCGAAUGUUUGGAACAUUUGAAGCAGAAUCAGAUAAAGUUGUAUAUGGGCUAACACACCCAAUUAAUACCUUUAAUUCUAUAAAAAUUCAAUUUGACCACUAUCUGUAUUUAUGGGAUACUUUUUGGAAAGCCGAAGGUAUCAAAAAUAAAUUAUCAGUUCUACUUAAAGGACCUGGAUGGGAACCAGGGAAACCUCGACUUGGAAAUUUAGAAGAUAUACCUGAUGUAUCGUAUCCUGUAGAAAAAUAUUUUCUACAAUUAGAAGUUUGGUGUAACGUAUAUAUUAUUGCACAUUUCGCAUUAACAAUAAUUGGCUAUAUCAUAGUAGCAAAUAAUCAUCAGGUAUGUUUAAUUUAACUUAAAAUACUUUUAAUGCAAUGUUAUUUUGAUAU